GAAUCAAGAAGGGGCAGCUGAAAGUCAUUCUGCUCAACCGCAUAGAGCCCUUGUGCCAUCAAGGCUUGAACCAUUACGACCUGCAAAUCAAGAGGAUCUACGUCAACAAAUUGAAAGGAUUCGCGUCCUUCGACAGGGAUCGAAAGAGCUUGAAGCAUUGCGCAGGAUACUUGCUGAAUUGGAGGUGAGACAAAGAUCACAUGAAGAUUCACCUUGGCAUCACUCCACCUCGGGUAACGUGGUUAUAGAAGCUGGUUCCCCCUUAGCUCCUGAGCUUACUGCUGAAGUCCUUCCCGCUAAAGUCAAAAUUCCUCAAAUAGGUCUCUACGAUGGAACUUCCGACCCAGAUGCUGAUUUAGGUCAUUAUACAUCAAGGAUGGAUUUGCAUGGUGCGUCAGAUGCUCUACGUUGUCGUAUGUUCUCGCUUACGUUGGGGCCGCGAGCACAAAAAUGGUAUUACGCCUUACCAUCUCAUUCGAUUUGGAAGUGGCAACAACUGAGGACUGCUUUUCAAUCUCAUUUCAUCGGCGCCCAGGUUUGCUUAAUUCCAAAGGAAUCGAUUACUAAUAUCUUCCAGGAAGACGAUGAAA